GAAACACAAGAAUACGUAUUUCCAGUUGGUUAGUUACACCCAAGCUGAGCUCCUGCCCUGAAGGGCGGGCAGUAUUAACAUAACUGAACAGAUAACAACUCACCUGCCCAAGAGAACAGAAGGAAGAACCUGGAGCUGUUGGUCUAUAGUGUGAGGACUUGCCUGGUGAGCUUGGAAAGAAACCAACAAGAUGUCUUCAGCAACCACUUCUGUCUCCUUACCCAGUGGCCUCAAAGUCCUGGCUUCUUUUCCAGAUAUUCUUGUUCUCCCUGAAUUUGUUUUUGGUGGCCUUGUCUGGAUUCUGGUGGCAUCUACGAAAGUGUUUUUUCCAAUGAUUCAAGGCUGGGUGAUGUUUGUCUCUGUCUAUUGCUUUGUAUUGUCAACAUUGCUUCUGUUCCUCUAUUUCUGUGGAGCUCAUGGAGAAAAAUCAGCUUGGGUUGCUGUGGAUGCUUUCUACCAGGUAACAGCUUCUCUCUUCUACUUGAGUGCAGCAGUUUUGCAAGCCUAUGCUACAAUCCAAGUUAAGGAUAAAGAGGUGUACAAAAACUACCAAAUAGAUAUUGCGGCAGUGGUCUUUGCCUUCCUAGCCACACUGACCUAUGUGAUCCAUAUGAUUUUUUCACUACUGAGAUGGAAAUCUUCCUAAAAACCCUUGAACAUUCUUUAGCAGAGAGUUUUACAGGUGGAUUUACUCUGUUGUUGGAUUAUUUUGGAGAUGUGUGUUAUAAAUCUUGUUGUACUUUACCUGGACAGGAAAAUCCCACAGUAUAUAUUUUAAUUUAACCAUUUUCUUUUCCCCUUAGAGAUUUGGACAGGUACAGUGUGUAGCAUAGGGAAAAUUGAUAAUCUCUUAAAUAUUUUUUCUUUUUUUUAAAAAACCUAUUAUAUAAGUGGAGAGCAAAAUUUGUAUAAUAAAAAGCAUUGAGUUA